AAUUUAGAAUCUUCAUUAUGGUGGUUAUUAAUUAAUUUUUCGUUAUGCUUUGAUGGGAUGGGGGGAUGGUGGAGUCGUGGAUCCAUGCUCGUGGUUUGGGAUUGGCUGCUCCAAUGGUAGACUCAUGGCUCUAUCGCCACCAAGUAGCAACAGAUCUUUAGGCCGAUUUCCUUUAGUUGCAACGGGACGUCGGCGAGGACUUUUCCAUAUAAAUCUGUUUGGAGAGCCUCAACCCUCCUCGAUCACCUUUGACAAGUCCUCAUCCAUGAUCCUCUUUCAAUCGGAGUCCAAUAUGAUGAGCCUGCAGAGCUCAGACCUCACGGGAGAGGGAGAUAGAGAUCGUGUUGGUACAGUGUUUCGAUGCCGUUAUCUGAGAGUGUACGUAAGAGGUUUAGCAGUAAUGUCAAGUGAUAGAUAG